GGGCGGCCGCUGAAAAUCCGCAAGAUCCGCGCCAAAGAGGAGGAUCCCGGUCUCCGCGACUUUGAAGCAUGUUUUAUUCGCCUUAUUGACAAAGUGACAAAUGGCUCUAGGAUUGAGAUAAACCAAACAGGUACUACCUUGUAUUAUCAGCCUGGUCUUCUAUAUGGGGGCUCACUGGAACAUGAUUGCAGCCCUAGCCGCAGUAUUGGCUACUACUUAGAAAGUCUACUCUGUUUGGCACCUUUCAUGAAACAUCCACUGAAGAUUGUCCUGAGGGGAGUAACAAAUGAUAGAGUAGAUCCUUCGGUUGACGUCCUUAAGGCAACAGCUCUACCACUACUGAAAAAAUUUGGAAUUGAUGGUGAAAGUCUGGAAAUCAAGAUCAGCCGGAGAGGAAUGCCUCCAAAAGGAGGUGGAGAGAUAUUAUUUGCUUGCCCAGUGAGAAAGGUCUUGCAGCCUAUUCAGUUCACUGACCCAGGCAAAAUCAAGCGCAUCAGAGGAACUGCGUAUUCUGUCAGAGUGUCUCCACAGAUGGCAAACAGAAUGGUGGAAUCUGCAAGGAGCAUCCUGAACAAAUUCCUCCCAGAUAUUUAUAUCUAUACAGACCAUAUGAAAGGGGUCAGCUCUGGAAAAUCUCCAGGUUUUGGCAUAUGUCUUAUUGCAGAAACCAUCAAUGGCACUAUUCUCAGUGCUGAGUUAGCCUCAAACCCUCAGGGCCAGGGAGCAGCUGUGCUUCCUGAGGAACUUGGCCAGAAUUGUGCUAAGCUGUUGCUUGAGGAGAUAUACAGGGGAGGUUGUGUUGAUUCAACAAACCAGAGCCUUGCUUUGCUGCUCAUGACCCUUGGACAACAAGAUGUUUCCAAAGUCCUGUUAGGACCUCUGUCUCCAUACACAAUUGAGUUUCUGCGACACCUGAAAAGCUUCUUUCAGAUCAUGUUUAAAAUUGAAAUGAAGUCCCCUGAAGAAGAAUACAAAGGCGGGGAGAAGGUCUUAAUGACAUGUGUUGGCACUGGAUUUUCCAACCUUAGUAAAACAAUAAGAUAAGAAGCUUAUCUGCAGACUUUCCAAAAUGAGAUAUCAGAAAACAUGUGAUAAAAAAAUGUGAUAAAAAGUAUCUUCCCCUGUACUUAUUCUGGCACCAGGAAAACCAGUGCAGAGGUACUCAAUCUUGCUUCAUGUAAACAAUAAAAUUACUUCAGGCUGUUUA